AUAAUGAUUGACACAAGUGUCAUGGCCGAAUCCCAGUGAUAGACUAGAAGAGGAAAAGACGGGAUACAAAAUAGAGUUACAGGGGAUUUGCUCCUGUAGGACUGACAAGGGGCUAUGAAUAAUCCAGACCUAGAGAACAACAACAAUAAUGAUGGACGGCGUAAUAACAACCAGGGAAGAGGGCCACAGAAUCCAUUGGUGAAUGUGCGUGACAGACUGUUCCAUGCCCUGUUCUACAGAAUAGCACUGACUUAUGCCAGAACUUUCCCUAAACCUGUCAGAAGAAUUCUGGAAUUUGCUGUACUUUUGAAGGCUUUGUGUGUUCUGGCCAUUUUGGCAUACAUCCACAUUGUAUUUGCACGGACACCCAUCAACUGUUUGUCAAGCAUUCAGAAGACUUGGCCCAGACAUGGGAUCCUGAGAGUCGAAAUUGUACAAAAUGCAUCAGAGAACUACAGUCUUGUCAACUCCUAUGAAAAAGAGUACUCAGAUUUCAGUUUACAUUUGUUUAAUGACCAUGCUGAGGAAGAACAAGAAACAGGGGAUGAUGAAACCGUUGAACCAAGAACAGAAGACAUCUUCCCCAGUAAUGGACAAUAUACAAAUUCUUCAGGAGGAAAUGAGACUAUAGUAGAAAUCAUUGAUACAGCAGAGGUAAAUAAAGAGUCGGUUCCUGUAGUGGUUCCUGUAGUGGAUCCUGGUGGAGAUGAGGAAAGGAAUGUGGAGAUUGAGGCAGAGAAUCCUGAUGUGGAUGGGGAGAAUCAAGAAGGGAAUGUCACAAAGAUGAGUCAGAAUACCAAUACUGUUAGUGACACAGGCUAUGAAACCUUUACUGACUCCUACCCCCUAUCAGAAAUUGAAAUGCUGGCCAAAGUAGUGUGGCCAGAGGAGAAAUACAUUGUGGAAUAUGCACUGGAGUAUGGGUUCUUGAGGCUGUCUCCAAAAACAAGACAGAGACUAAAUAUAACAGUCAUGCUUGUCACAUUGGAUCCCAUAAAGGAUGAAUGUUUUGGUGACAGCAUCAGUCGGUUUUUACUGGACGAAUUCCUUGGGUAUGAUGAUAUACUGAUGUCCAGUAUAAAACAGUUGGCAGAGCAUGAAGAUAACAAAGGUUACCUGAGGAAUGUAGUAACGGGAGAACACUACCGAUUCGUCAGUAUGUGGAUGGCCAGGAGUUCUUACCUGGCUGCAGCCUUCAUCAUGUUAGUCUUUACAUUGUCAGUCUCAACUUUACUGAGAUAUUCUCAUCAUCAGAUUUUCAUCUUUAUAGUUGAUUUACUGCAAAUGUUGGAGAUGAAUGUCACUGUAGCUUUUCCAGCAGCUCCUCUUCUUACUGUAAUAUUAGCACUUGUCGGUAUGGAGGCCAUUAUGUCUGAAUUCUUUAACGACACGACCACUGCAUUUUACAUUAUCCUGAUAGUAUGGAUAGCUGAUCAGUACGAUGCUAUAUGUUGUCACACAGACAUCAGUAAACGACAUUGGUUAAGAUUCUUUUACCUUUACCAUUUUGCAUUUUAUGCCUACCACUACCGUUUUAAUGGACAGUACAGUGGCUUGGCACUAUUCACCUCCUGGCUGUUUAUACAGCACUCCAUGAUCUACUUUUUCCACCACUAUGAACUGCCAGCAAUUCUUCAGCAAGCACGGAUACAGCAAAUUGUUAACCAAAAUCAACAGCAGAAUAAUCCUGACCCUGCUCCCAAUGCCGGACAGACGGGGGAACAGGCUACACCAAAUGGACAGGUGCCAGCGCCUAAUGUAGAUGUUGGUCAGCCAUCACCACUUCCCACAGAGUCUAACGACUCUGUCGAUGCCAUGUAUCAGUCAGCCAAUCAGACGCCAGGACAGGAGCCUGUUGAUGCCAUGUAUCAGUCAGCCAAUCAGACGCCAGGACAGGAGCCUAGCAACAGUCUAUCAGAUAUGUCAACUGUACUUCCUUCAUCUGUAGGUAGCCUGUCAGCAGCAGGAAUUAAUUCAAACAAUUCAGAUGAUACGGGUCAGGUUUAUGCAAGCAACAGUUUAGAAAAUGAUAUAAAUAUAGGCAGUGAUAUAAAUCAGAGAUCUUUGGACAUAAAAAGUCCAUCUACCUUAUCAGGUGAAACAAAUGGUGCUCCAACUAAUGUUUAUACACACGACACGGGUGGUCGAGAAACAGACAGCAAGGCAAGGGAGACCACUGAUCCAAUAUCUCCACAACUAGAGGGAGAUAACCCACCUUCACUUCAACAAAAUUGUGAUAAUGGUAAAACUGGAAUUCCUACAUCAAAUUUAGAACAUAACGAUUCCAGUGUAGGCUCACAAAGAUUUAAUACAAACAAUUCUGCAGUGGAUGGAGGUGCCACAGGUUGAGCAAAACUAGUGUAAUGCUGAUGCUUCACUCUUUCAUUCAUGCCUUUUAUUUUAUUCAUUCAAGAUGCCUAUUUCUAUGAAAUCAAAUCUUGGUAAUACAGUCUUUCCAUGGAUUCUAUUAACAGCAGAGCUGUUGUAUUCUGUAUUUUUUUUUUUUUUUUUGUUAAAAUUCAAUUUUUGAAAUGAAAAACUUGACAUGUAUCUGCCAAAGAUUACACAGGAUGGGUUUGUAAGUAAGUGAUGGAUUUUUUAAUGAAUGGUUGUUAGUUAAUGAGUGUAAGUGUGCAGUUUAUGUCAGAAAAGAGUGAAAAUGUCAUUUUUUGACUGAAGAAGAAAAUGUUACUGUAUAUAUUUUCCUGGAGCUUUCAUUGAAUAUGAGUAUUAAACUGAAUCAAUUGCGAAUUUUGUAAUCAGUACAAUGAAUUUGAAUUUAAAACUUAAGUAAAGUCAUUUUGAAUUGAUAAUUUUGAGAAGGAUAAUACGCAAUGGAUCUUUUAAAUUUCUCAAAGCUUUUUUAUCUCAUUUGUAAUAGUUUCAUUGAAAUUGCCUGGUAGAUUCUGAAUCCAUUGUUCCAACAUUGAUGACCAUUACAACUGUAGAUCUAUUUCCUUGAAUUGAAUGUUUUGAAAGGUCACAGACAAAAAAUUUGUUCGAUCAUAUAAUGAGGAUUUAGGAGGGAAAUUUAUCUACAAUCACAUACAGAUGUAACCCUUGUUGUAUGUAGUAUACUAACGUAAAAGAUAACAUAUUGAAUAGAGAAACUGGUAUACACUGUGCAAUGGUCAUACACCCCAUCAAAGGGUUAACCACAGUAUUACAGGUAAUAUAUAAAUGUUUAAGAUACAGCUGCUAGUGAUGUACCCCAGCAAUCCUUUUCACUGGAUUAUGAUCUGUUGUUUGAAGUUUUAUUUACUCAUGGAUACUUGGUUUUAGUUUUUGAGGAGGUAUGCUACCUUACAAAUUAUCACUCUACUGUUUUAGAGUUAUCUUACAUGACGUUAAAAUUAACAUUUACAAUUCAGCUUAACCUGUCAUUGUGAAAACUUUUAACAUCAUCAGAAAAAAACUUAUCCUGUCAACAUUAUUGAUGUUGAUUUAUACAUCAAAUAUCUUUGGUAAAUUUUCUUCACAAAUUAUUUACUUUAAAACAACAAGGGGUGAUACAGUGUAUAACUAAUUUAAUGGAGAUGAGCUCUUUUGGAAAGAAAGCUAUAUCUUUAACUUACCACAGAAUAGCAGUAUUCCAGUACAUUGUUGACCUAUGUUAAGCACUAAAUACUUGAUUCCUUGUCCCAAGUUUUAACAUUGGAUUGUGAGGUCACCAGGUCCAAGUUUCAUAAAAACAACCUAAUUUUGUUUUCUCAGCUUCACUAACUCAUCUGCUGAAAGGCCAAAAGGCCUUAGUGGACUUUCAACAUGUUAGUAUUUUUUUAGCCUCAACUGUAGAGUGCAACACUGUCUUGUAUAAAGUAUGCAGAUAAUUCAGUUAUGAAAUCUAUAGAAAGAAGUUGUAUCGAUAAAUAAUUUGCUGAAACCAGAAUUAUUACCCAGAAUUAUUUAUUUGCCAUUAUUAACAUUCCUUUAGUAUUUUGUAUUGUUUUUGAAAUCACGAGUCCCAGUUACUCCAUAGGUUUCAUUAGUUGCUUCAGAUAGUUUCAUUGGCUUAUUUUAUUUUCAAAAUACACAUAUUAAUUUAUAAAUUUGUCUCUUGAAGAUGGGCGAAAGUUGUAGUUAAGGAAUUUGUUGUUAGUUACCAUAAGUGUUCAUGUAUGUAAUUCAAGUGCUGGAGACAUUUUAUAUCCAUUAUUAUGCAAAUGAUGUUACAUGUGUGAGAAUAGUGUGUAUGUAUGUUGUAUAUAUUAAAAAUGAGAAUACAUGAAGUAUUUGAAUGUGUGUUGUAAAGUCAGAAUGUAAUUGAUGUGAAUGUGUGUUGUGAAGUCAGAAUGUAACUGAUUUGAAUGUGUGUUGUAAAGUCAGAUGUAUGUGAAUUAAAAAGUCUAUGUAAAUAAUAUGCUCUUUACUGUUAAUUUAUAAACGGAUACAUUAAGACUUAGUUUGGUCAUGAAUUAAAUAGAUCAUGAUUUAGCUGGGGUAUGGCUGAACUUACUUGUGGUAAUAUAUGACAUUGGUUCAAUUUUUUUGUUCAACAGUCCAGCAGGAAUAAGCGAGUCAAAGUUUAUGUGUUGGUCCCCUGGGUAUAUUACAGGAUAAAAAUGGUUCAUCGAGUCAAACUUUUGUUUGGUCCCCUGGGUACAUUACAAUAUUAAUAUGGUACAGCAAGUCAAAGUUGUGUUAGGGCCCCAGGGUUUUUUGCAGGAUAAAUAUGGUUCAUCGAGUCAAACUUUUGUUUGGUCCCUUGGUAUAUAUUACAAUAUUAAUAUGGUACAGCAAGUCAAAGUUGUGUUAGGGCCCCAGGGUUUUUUACAGGAUAAAUAUGGUAAUUAUUUGGAAGAUUAACGAUGAAUGGUUGAUAAGGAGUAAUCUGAUUGUAUUACUGGUACUAGUUGAUGAUCAAACUAUCCUAUGUCUGAUGUGGUCAGAAAUGUUGUGCAGAAUUUUCUAGACUGUUAAGUGGAAGCCAAUAAUAUGCAAAAAAAACCCACAAAAAAUGCUUUGCUUUGUUAUCUAUUCUACUUUAGUGUAAUCAGGACAUUUCCAGUCUAGUUCUGUUGAAAAAGUAACAAAUAUGUAGUAAGAUAAGCAGUUUGUAAAAUCACCCUUGAACUGAACACUAAUCAGUAUUUCACUAUGCCUGUCUAAUUUCUUAGGUCAUAUCUGGUAAACAAUUUCAUUAUCAAAAUAGAGAAAUGUAAAAUAUAAAAGCAGUCAGAUUCAUUACACAAACUGCAUUAGUAUCUUGUAUCAAUAUAACUAAUUGGUCCCCCACCGGGGACUAUAUAGUCUCCUGGUCGUCCUGCCACACUUUAUCUUGACCUGGCUCCAUUUCCUACACUACGUGUCACUGAAACUUGGAUGAUUUUUGGCGUGGGUGUGUUGCCUGUCACUCUGACAUACAUUUUGACAUGUGACCUACAUCAAAAGAAAAAGUUUGUCCUGCUCUUUCUCCUACACUACUUGUCACUGGAACUUCAUACUUUGGGCAUGGGUUCACCUAGGUGAGGCAGUGUGUCGUGUACCAAAGUAGGUCAUUUUGACCUGUAUUUUUACAAUUUGCCUACAUCAAAGAAAAAUUGUUUGGGCUGGAUUUCCAGCACUAUUUGUCACUGGAACUUUAUACUAAGGGCAUGGGUUCACCGGUAUUGAUCUCCUGAUAUAUUAUCUUUUACUAAAAUUAGUGAUUUUCUUGAAUUCAUUCACAUUAACACCACAAAUGUAAUUUUUGAAUAUUGCAAGUCUGUCAAACAUUGUGGGUAGAAUUGGUUCCUACACAAAUCAUCAUCUUGACAUAUAAUUUCACAUUUGGUGGGGGACUGUAAUUUGUCCAAUUGUUUUGUUGUUUAUUUGCAGUCAAUUCAUUCAACAACUUUCUCUCUCUUAUCUGAUAUUGUAAAAUUGGAGACUGACCCUAAAAUAGCGGUAAAAUUAAAUUCUCAAAAAAUUCUUAAGGCAACAAAAUCUGUUGUGUUUUCCCAAUCCUUUGAUUAUCGCAACAAACUUUCUUCUGUCAUCAACUAAUUUUUCUAAUUUUAUUUCAGCGAUAAAGCAUUUCAUAUAUUUAUAAAUUUUCAGGAUUAAAUUUUGGAAAUGGUA